AUGGAACAAAAUGAAAUAAGCCUUCUUGAUAUUAAGAGAAAAGCUCAGAACGAGCAAGAGGCACAAAAUGAUAAUUCCAAACAAAAAAAGUUUAAAAUUUUAAAUUAUACAUCAAAAGAUAGUUCAAUUAAUAAACAUGAAACAGAAUUUAUUGUUUAUUUUUGUUUUUUAUGUGGAAAUAAUUGUUUAAUUAGUGAAAUAAAUAUAAAUAAAUUGCCUACAAGAAAAAUCGACAAUUCUAUAAUCUACCCAACACUCAAAUUUAUUAAUAAACAGUUUCAUAAAACACAAAAUAAAAAAAUUGCAAUUAAAAGAGAAAAUGGAAUAGAACUACAAUAUCGAAUUUUAUGUAGUGAAUGUCAAGCCCCUAUAGGAUAUACUACAACCUUAAAUAAUGAUGAUCCAUAUUUAUAUUAUUAUGAUUAUUCUUUAGUAACAAACCCAAUGAAUAGUAAACUUUUUUUAGACUUAUAA